CUGAAGUUGCCGCAGCGGCCGCGCAUGCUCUCCCGCCCGGGCAUGCGCGCCGUGUCGGAGCGGCUCGGCGCUCGGCUUCCCUCUACGGCCGCCCCCGGGCCGGCCCUCCCGCCGCGGCCGGUUGCUGCCAAAAUUCUUCUGUUUGGAUUCUGAACUAUGACAUCAUGGCAAGAUUUCGCAGAAGAACAUGCAUCAUUUUGUUGCUUUUUAUUUUGUUUAUUUGCUCCAUAAUGAUGGCAUUGAAGACUCUGAGACCUGACCGAGCUGGCUUUGGGGACCCAUUUGGACUUGGUUUGUUGCCCGAGCUUCAACAACGGACAGAGCUCUUAGACAAUAGACAAAAUUCACUGAAUAGGGUUCAUGGAGAUGCUGUAACACAAAUCAGCAAUAUGCAUGCUGUUGUAGUCAAUACUAUGAAAGCGUCUGUGCCUCCUGUAAGCAAGUUGGAAGAAGAGCUUUCUUCUCCUAAUUAUAACUUUCAUAUAUUCUAUUAUAGUUGGUUUGGGAAUCCACAGUUUGAUGGCAAAUAUAUUCACUGGAACCAUCCGUUGUUGCCACACUGGGAUCCCAAAAUUGCAAACAAUUAUCCAAAGGGCAGGCAUAAUCCUCCUGAGGACAUUGGUGCUAACUUUUAUCCUGAACUUGGAUCUUACAGUUCCAAAGACCCUUCUGUCGUAGAAGCACACAUGAAACAAAUGCUUUCAGCUUCAAUUGGUGUAAUAGCACUUUCAUGGUACCCGCCAGGUAUGGCUGAUGAAAAUGGAGAACCAACUGAUGAUUUGGUGCCUGUUAUUUUGGAUUAUGCACACAAAUACAAUCUAAAGGUCACUUUUCAUAUUGAGCCCUACAAAGAUAGAGAUGACCGCAGUAUGUACCACAAUGUCAAAUACAUCAUUGACAAAUAUGGAGCCCAUCCAGCCUUUUACAGGCAUAAGACCAGCACAGGCAGAUUUCUUCCCAUGUUUUAUGUUUAUGAUUCUUAUGUAACAAUUCCUGAAAUAUGGGCAAAUCUGUUAACUGUAUCUGGAUCACAGACUAUUCGAAAUACUCCAUAUGAUGCAUUAUUCAUUGCUCUUCUUGUAGAAGAAAGACAUAAGCAUGAUAUUCACAGAAGUGGCUUUGAUGGAAUGUAUACAUACUUUGCCACCAAUGGCUUCUCUUAUGGCUCAUCUCAUCAUAACUGGGCAAGUUUAAAAGCCUUUUGUGAUAGUAACAACUUAAUGUUUAUUCCAAGCGUGGGACCAGGCUAUAUUGACACCAGUAUUCGACCAUGGAACAACCACAACACCCGUAAUCGUGUCAAUGGAAAAUACUAUGAGACUGCCUUUAAUGCAGCCCUUUUGGUGCGACCAGAAAUUAUUUCCAUUACAUCUUUUAAUGAAUGGCAUGAAGGUACACAGAUUGAAAAAGCUGUCCCCAAACGGACUGGACAGAUAGUUUACCUUGAUUAUAAGCCCCAUAAACCAAAUGUUUACCUGGAGCUGACUCAGAAGUGGUCUGAGAAGUACAGAAAAGAAAAAGAGCAGUGGCUUAUAUGAGCUAUUGCUGCUGCCAUUGUUUCUUAACAUACUGAAUGCAAUGAGAAAGAAAUGGAGAGCUGAAAAAUCUGUUAUAAAAUGUCUUUAUUAUAAAUAUGUCCAAAUUGUUAUAUCACAUGAAUGUAUAUGCACUACUACUGAAUGUGAAUUUCAAAGAGUAAAAAAAUGAUUACAACAAUUGGCAUCUCUAACAUUGGAUAGUGUAGUUCAAGAAAGCUUUUUUUAAUAGUAAUUUGCAUGCUGAACUUCAAGAACGUCUGCAUGGGAUAACUACAUGACUGAAGUAGAACAAAAAUUUGGCAGUUAUAUUUACGUACUUAUUCAUGUAGUUGUAUUCCUAAUCAAAGUGAUGCUUUAAGCUGAAUUUUAUCUUGGUAGAUCCUUGCAGGAUGCACGUCUGUAGUGUGCGGAGUAAUCUGCAUCUACUGUUUUUAUGCUUUGCACAUUGUUAUUUCUUGAUUAUAAGAUUAAUUUGUGGUAAAAACACUGAAGAUGUAUGUGUGAUGCAACAAUGGUGUUUUUUUUUUUUUUUAAGAAAAAAGCUUUUUCAAAGAUUGAGUUCUAAAGAACUGCUGAAAGAUUUAUAGUUUACUCUAUUUGUUCUGUUCAAUACAUGGUGCAGACUUUUGGAUACUGGAUACUGACCAAUUACAUUGUUUUUCUAUGUCUGAAUUAAAAAAAAAAAAAAGAAAAUAUUUUUUGUGGGGGAAAACUCCUAAUUUUU